AUGUUUAGGGGCCACAGCGCCUGGUUCUCGCAGAGCGUUGCCCCAGAGAUCCGCCGCCUUUGGGUUGGCGAAGGAGGUGUGAUUGUGAAUUCCGAAGCUGCCGAUUACCUCUUCAGCAGCAAUGCUUCUCACCCUGAUACAAAAAGGAUACACCAAAGUUUAGACUAUCUGGAGGAUCGAAUCACGGUGUUUCAUUCCUGCUUUCUGACUGAGAGUAUCAACGCCGAAAGAAAAAACACCGUAGCUCUAGGACAUUUCAUUCUCCUACCAGCCAGCUUGCAAAAAGAAAUUAGGGGAAAAACCAGCCACUUUAUAUGGGAACAGAUAACCAGUCCAGUCCAGUUACACUACGGUCCACUUACACUUCAGUCUGGUCCAACUCCUGAGUCAAAAAGCAACAAGAACCAAGAACAAUUGAGAAACAAGAAGGAACUGGAGAAAUGCCAAGGUCCAAGUUCACCUGAAAGAGGAAAGCUAACAUACGUUCCCCUUCAAGAUUAUCCAUCAAGCAACAUGGUGACAGGUUAUACUUCUGAGAAAGUAUUGAAGAAAUUUCUCGGGGAGAUACGAGAUUUCAUUCCUGGUUGUUCUGGUUAUUUUGCAUACUGGAUUCCAAACGAAACCAAUGUUUUCUCUGAUGUGAAGAUGAAAUUAAAGAGGAAGUAA